AUGAGCAUGGCCAAGGAAGAUGUGGAGAAGUUCCUGGAUAGUAAUCCAACCUUCGCCAAGGAAUACUUCGACUCAAAACUACGCCCUUUACACAUUGCUAACUUGCUAGGAGCUCAAGAAACAAAUGCAGACUUUAGCACCUUCCGAGACCUGAACAAUGUGGAGGAAACUGAGAUCAUUUUUGAACUCAUCCGUGACCUGCAGGACAUUAAUAUGGAAAAGGUUGUGUUUAAUACACUAAGGAGGAUUGGCUUUCUCAUCCGCGCAGAUUGCCUGAGUUUGUUCAUGUACAGAUCCAGGAAUGGCACUCCUGAACUUGCCACAAGACUGUUCAAUGUUCAUAAAGAUUCUAUUUUUGAAGAUUGUUUGGUUCCACCCGAAUGUGAAAUUGUUUUUCCUCUUGACACUGGGAUCAUUGGGUAUGUGGCACAAACAAAGAAAACAAUAAACAUCCAUGAUAAAGCUAAGGAUGAUCAUUUCAGUAAUUUUGUGGACGUUGUCGCACAGUAUGAAACCAACAAUGUUCUGGCAACUCCAGUAAUGAAUGGCAAUGAUGUUGUUGCUGUUGUAAUGGCUGUAAACAAAAUAGAUGGGCCACAUUUCACCACGAAAGAUGAAGAAAUUUUGUUAAAGUAUCUCAAUUUUAUUAACUUAACACUCAAGAUCUAUCAUCUGAAUUAUCUCCAUAACUGUGAAACGAGGAAAGGGCAGGUACUUUUGUGGUCUGCAAGCAAAGUAUUUGAAGAACUUACUGAUAUUGAACGACAGUUUCACAAAGCCCUUUACACUGUGCGUGGCUUUUUGAACUGUGACAGAUACUCAGUGGCGCUCCUAGACAUGACGAAAGAAAAGGAAUUCUUUGAUCUCUGGCCAAUACAAAUGGGUGAAGUACCAGAGUAUGAUGGCCCAAAAACACCCGAUGGAAGGGAAAUAAUUUUUUACAAAAUAAUCGAUUACAUCCUUCAUGGAAAAGAAGAAAUUAAAGUCAUCCCGAGUCCUCCUGCAGAUCACUGGGCUCUGGUCAGUGGACUGCCAUCAUAUGUUGCGGAAACUAGUCUUAUAUGCAAUGUUUUGAAUGCAGGUGCAGAUGAAUUCUUUCAUUUUCAGAAAGAACCACUCGAUGCCUUGGGAUGGACUAUAAAGAAUGUGCUCUCAAUGCCAAUAGUAAACAAGAAAGAAGAAAUUGUGGGAGUUGCUACAUUUUAUAACAGAAAGGACGGAAAGCCCUUUGAUGACAUGGAUGAAACUCUGAUGGAAGCCUUGACACAGUUCCUCGGGUGGUCUGUUUUGAACACUGAUACAUAUGACAGAAUGAACAAAUUAGAAAACCGAAAAGACAUUGCCCAAGACAUGGUUAACUACCACAUUAAAUGCUCUAAAGAUGAAAUACAAGACAUAUUGAAAACUAGAGAAUUAUAUGAGAGGGAACCAAAUGAAUGUGACGAAGAAGAACUUCAAGAAUUACUGUAUGAAGAACUUCCAGAUGCCGAACAAGUAGAAAUCUACGAAUUUCACUUCUGUGAUUUUGAAUGGUCUCCACUGGAUCUUGUGAAGUGUGGAAUACAGAUGUAUUAUGAGCUUGGUGUGGUUGAUAAGUUCCACGUACCUCAAGAGGUAUUAGUUCGUUUCAUGUAUUCACUGAGUAAAGGAUACAGAAAGAUCACCUAUCACAACUGGCGGCAUGGGUUCAAUGUUGGACACACCAUGUUUACACUGCUCACUACUGGAAAUCUAAAAAGCUACUAUACAGAUCUGGAGGCAUUUGCCAUGGUGACAGCUGCAUUUUGCCAUGAUAUUGAUCACAGAGGAACAAACAACCUCUAUCAAUUGAAGUCGCAGGAUCCAUUGGCAAGACUUCAUGGUACAUCGAUUAUGGAGCGCCAUCACUUGGAGUUCAGUAAGACACUGCUCCAAGAUGAGGAUUUGAAUAUCUUUCAAAAUCUCAACAGAAGACAAUAUGAACAUGUACUCCAUCUGAUGGAGAUUGCCAUCAUUGCUACAGACUUGGCACUUUAUUUCAAAAAACGAACAAUGUUUCAAAAGAUAGUCGACCUAUCUGAAACAUAUGAAAACCCUCAGGAGUGGGUCGACUUUAUGAUACUGCAAACAACAAGGAAGGAGAUUAUCAUGGCCAUGAUGAUGACUGCAUGUGACUUGUCUGCCAUCACAAAACCAUGGGAAGUACAGAGCAAGGUAGCUCUUUCUGUAGCAGCUGAAUUUUGGGAACAGGGUGAUUUGGAGCGGACUGUUCUAGAACAACAACCCAUUCCCAUGAUGGACAGAAACAAAGCUGCUGAACUUCCAAAACUUCAAGUUGGUUUCAUUGACUUUGUGUGCACAUUUGUGUACAAGGAAUUCACCCGGUUUCACUCUGAAAUUGAGCCGAUGUACAAAGGCAUACUUAACAACAGGAAGGAGUGGAAGGCAUUGGCUGACGAACACGAGGCAAAAAUGAAAGCGAUCGAGGAAGAAAAAACGCGGAAGGAAGAAGAACAAACAGCAAAACAAGCAGGCAACACAUCACAAAAGGAACAAAGUUCUCAGUCAAAGACUUGUCAUCUCUUGUGAAGUACCCAGGA